UCCAAUCAAAUCGAAAGUUGAAACAAGUAAGAAGGAGGAAUUUGCCUUUCUUACCCGAAGUUUUCUCUGAGGCGCAGACAGAGGAAGGAAAGAGAUGGAAGCUGUGAGUGGAAGCAGUGUUUGCGUGACAUCCUCUCUUGCGCCACGCUCACCAACACUACCCAAGUCCACCGUGUCUCUGCUACGCGCCUCUCACCAACACCUCACAGCAUUUCCUUCACAAUCCCAUCUCUUCUCCUACCACUCUCCACCCUAUGCUAAAACCCUCCGUGCCAGAACCGCUUCCAAACCCGCCAUUUUCCUUCCCCACUUAAUCGCUUCUCUGGAACAAGUUGACCAGACUUACAUAAUGGUGAAGCCUGACGGCGUGCAACGCGGCCUCGUGGGAGAAAUUAUUUCUAGGUUUGAGAAGAAGGGGUUUAAGUUAACUGGCUUGAAGCUCUUCCAGUGCUCAAAAGAAUUGGCUGAGGAGCAUUACAAGGACCUAAAACAAAAAUCAUUCUUCCCCAAGCUUAUUGACUAUAUUACUUCAGGUCCUGUUGUGUGUAUGGCUUGGGAGGGUGUUGGAGUAGUGGCAUCAGCACGGAAGCUUAUAGGGGCUACAGAUCCUCUUCAAGCUGAACCAGGCACAAUAAGAGGAGACCUUGCUGUCCAAACUGGAAGGAAUGUUGUUCAUGGCAGUGACAGCCCUGAUAAUGGCAAGCGGGAAAUAGCUCUAUGGUUCAAGGAAGGCGAAUUAUGCGAAUGGACUCCUGUCCAAGCACCAUGGAUCAGAGAAUAGUAAACUGCAGAUGCCCAAUUACGACGAUUCAUUCCGUUUCUAGGUUCAAUAACCUGAACAAUUGUUUUCAGGGGCUAAUGUAGCACUACAUUAACUUUCAACUUUAAACAGUUACUCAAAUUUUGUAAAAUUUUGCUCGACUCAUUCUUCAAGCCCAUACCAAUUUCUUUUUC